AUGGCCGAGGAAGCGGAACGAUUUGUUGCGGUCGGGAAGCAGCUGGGCCUGGAAGGGACAGCGCUUCAGGAAUUUCUGCGCGAGGAACGGGCAGUGCAUCGCGAGCGCCUGACAGAACAGGAGCAGCAAAAACGCGAAGAAGAUGAGCGCGACAAGGCGCGGAGCGACCGGCGUCUCCUCGAAAUAGAAAAAGAGCUGGAGCUACUUCGCGCAAAGAGUGAUUGCGCAAGCAGUAGUGGCGGCUCAGAAAGCCUGCCCAAUGGGAGCCUAGUGACAGCGCAGUUCGCGGGGGUCAGCCCCCAAAGACUACUGGCACCCUUUAAUGACAAGGCGGACGACCUGGAUGCAUACCUGACGCGCUUUGAGCGAGUGGCCGAAGCCCAAGGAUGGGCGAGGGAGCAAUGGGCCACCGCCCUCAGUACGUGCAUGACGGGAGAAGCGCUUAGCGUGUUCGGCCGCAUGCCGGCAUCGGAGGCGUUGUCUUACGACAAGGUGAAACGGGCCCUCCUACGUCGCUUCCGCCUGACAGAAGAGGGCUUCCGGAAGAAGUUAAGGACGGAAGCGCCCCAGGACAACGAAGCGCCAUCGCAGUUCUUCGUCCGGCUGGAAAAUUACUGGGAGAGAUGGGUCCACCUCUCGGAGGCCCCGAAGUCCUACGAGGGGAUCAAAGACCUCCUCCUAGCCGAACAGUUUCUCGAGAACUGCAAGCCCGCGCUGGCGAUGUUCCUUAGGGAAAAAAAGAGCCGGGACAUCCUGGAUAUGCUCCAGAGAGCCGACGAGUAUGUGAGCGCCCGAGACACAGUAAACUUCGGCAAGCGGGAAGCAAGACAAGGAGGCCAAGCCGGGGACAAUCCCGAUGCGGGCCGAGGCAGGCGACAGUCCAACAGUGGAACAGGGCUCCGUUGUUACCUAUGCUCCCGAACGGGACAUGUUGCGUCACAAUGCACGAGUACCAAUAAGAAGCCGGAGCACACGAACAGGGAACAGCCGGCUGCUAGGAAUGUCUUAGCCUGCCUUGAAGAGGACGGCUACCUCGAAUUAAAGGACGGCCAGCGCUUGCCCGUCGUAAAUCUGGGCACUUCACCGGCCGCGGGGGAUCUCCCUGUAGUCGCAGGCCGUGUUGCCGGGAAGACCGUGAAGGUCCUGAGGGACAGUGGCUGCAACAUCGUUAUCGUCAACCAGGACCUUGUCCAGCCAUCGGAGAUGACAGGCCGAUGCCGAGCCGUCUACCUCGUAGACCGUUCAGUGAGAACUUUGCCCGAGCCUCGAAUAAGCAUAGACACGCCCUACUACCGAGGGGAGGUCUUGGCGGCCUGCAUGAAGGACCCACUCUUCGACCUCAUCCUGGGGAACAUCGAAGGUGCCCGAGCCCCGGCAGAGCCCGACGGUACGUGGGGUGAAACCUCCGCGCGGGAUGAAGAUAACUGUGCGGGGCCCUCGAUAGCAGAAGCCCAGCCUCCGCCCGUAGCUGCUGUUACCACACGCCGGCAGGCCCAACAGCAGAACUUCCAGGCCUUCCGGAGAUUGCCAGUGCCGUCCACCCUAGCUGAAGUCACUCCCGAACAAAUGAAGGAGGACCAGCAGCGUGACACUUCCCUGCGACAGCUCUUUCAGCUACACAGAGAGCAACGCAGCGUGAGAUGCAAGGGGGGCGGAUCAUUCAACAUCCAACUGAGGGACGGUCUGCUGUACCGUGAAUACGUGCCAGACUCGGGAUCUAGCACGGUGCAGCUGAUCGUGCCGAGACAACAUCGCGGAAAAGUCCUCCACCUGGCACACUGCGGGCUAAUGGCGGGUCACCUUGGAAAGAAGAAGACCACGGACCGCAUACUGGCCGACUUCUUUUGGCCGGGAGUGCACGGAGAUACGCACGCGUUCGUCGCUUCGUGCGACAUUUGUCAGAAGACGGCCAGCCGGGGGUCCGUAAGGAAGGUACCACUCGAGAAGAUGCCGCUGGUCGACACGCCGUUUCGCAAGGUCGCGAUUGAUAUCCUGGGGCCGUUGAAACCAGUAACCCGAAAAGGUAACAGAUACAUCUUGACGCUGGUCGACUAUGCAACCCGCUUUCCCGAAGCGAUUGCCCUGCCGAGCAUAGAAACCGAGCGAGUGGCCGAGGCACUGCUACAAAUCUUCGCCCGAGUAGGCGUACCAGAAGAGAUGCUGAGUGAUAGGGGAUCCAACUUCACCUCUGAACUCAUGGCAGAGGUAGGACGGCUACUUUCGUUGCGUCUUCAGACGACGACCCCGUAUCACCCCAUGGCCAACGGCCUCGUGGAGAAGCUGAAUGGGACAUUGAAGAAGAUGUUGCGGCGCAUGUGUACUGAACAGCCCAAGGACUGGGACAGGUUCAUCGAGCCGCUACUAUUCGCCUACAGGGAAGUCCCACAGGCCAGCACCGGGUUCUCCCCAUUCGAGCUAUUGUACGGGCGGAACGUGCGGGGUCCGCUGGCCAUACUCAAGGAGCUUUGGACCGGAGCGAGACUAGAGGAGGAAGUCAAGACGGCAUACCAGUAUGUCAUUGACUUGAGAGAAAGGCUCGAAACGACAUGUCAGAUGGCACACGAGGCCCUCGAUGAGGCAGGAGAGCGCUACAAGCGAUACUAUGAUCGCGGAGCAAAGGCGAGGAUUAUGCGCCCGGGCGACCAAGUACUCCUACUGCUGCCUACCGAGCAUAACAAGCUCGCUAUGAAGUGGAAGGGGCCGUAUGUCGUAAAGGAAAGGAAAGGCGAGGUGGACUACGUAGUUGACAUCAAUGGCGUUGGGAAAACGUUUCAUGCGAACAUGCUAAAGUACCACACCAGGGAACCGGCAGCUGAGACACCAGUCGUGACGGUGGCAGCAAGUGCCAGCGACCGAGGGAUGCCAAUGUGGCCCUGGGGGGAGCGAGGAGACUACCGCGACGUCGCGGUUUCCGACAAACUCCACUCGCAGCAAGCGAAGGAGUUGCGAGCCAUAAUCGCCCUACACCGUGAUGUGUUUUCGGAGCAGCCAGGGUACACCGACUGGGCUGUGUGCAAGCUAGCCACAACGACGCAAGAACCUGUACAUGUAAAACAGUACCCACUUCCCUUCGCAGUAAGACAAGAAGUGGAAGCCGAAGUCUCCACGAUGCUUCAGAUGGGGGUGGUAGAAAGGUCCCACUCACCAUACAACGCCCCGACCGUACUGAUAAAGAAACCCGAUGGCACGAACCGUUUCUGCGUGGAUUUCCGACGGCUGAACGAGGUUCUGAUUCCCGACUCGGAACCGAUCCCCAGAGCGGACUGUCUGAUCGCUGAGGUGGGAGGCCGGAAAAUAUUUUCGAAGAUGGAUCUCUCAAAGGGAUACUGGCAAGUGCCUCUAGACGAACAAUCCAAGGAGAAGACAGCGUUCUCCGCGCCCAGCGGGCUCUAUCAAUUCAAGAAGAUGCCGUUUGGCAUAAAAACUGCUCCUGCUGUUUUCGCGAAACUCAUGCGGAAACUUCUCGACGGCAUCGCCAACGUCUACCAUUACUACGACGACCUGUUGAUCGCGACAAAUAAUUGGCAGGACCACUUAGAUGCCUUGGGGGAAGUACUGGCGAGGCUACGAGAGGCGGGGAUGACUGUCCACCCCAAGAAAUGCGAACUGGGGUUCGAUUAG